AUGUUGAUGGGCCUUAGAAAGCAGUAUACCUGCUGGAUAUGCUUGGAAGAGUCAAACGCAAAUGGUUCCUAUAUAGUACACGAUUGCGGUUGUAAUCUACAGGUUCACAAACGUUGUCUUAUCAAAUGGCUCUUUACUCUCAACAAGAAGAGACUGGACGGGUACGACAUCAACGAUUUCUACAAAAUUAACACAGUGAGAGAACUUAAGCGACGUAUUUGUUACUUGGUUGACGGUAAUAGAAUUUUGCAUGAAGAUAUGAAUACCGUAGAGACUAUUCAGUCUUUGCCCGUUGUCGGGCAAACCUGGGCAAGCUUUAUUUGUGUCACUGAUCUUGCUAUAAGAGCGAUCUUGGGACUAUCUACCCCCAAAUACCGUUCGCACGAGUUGUGGAGAGGAGUUCCAAUUGAGAGUGUGGAGUGUCCACAGUGCAAGAAGAAGGUGUUAGCUCGACCUCUGCAGUACACAAGCGGUUCACCUGUUCUUUUUCUGCUAAGAUUAACAAAGCAAGUGAAUAGGUAUGCGGCAGUUAUUUUUCUCUGUGUUGCAUCAUCUACUAAUAUUGUCAAAUGGUGGCUCAAAUGUGCUUUAUGGCAACUCAGAUGUAUUAUGCCAGAAAGCGUGCUACGCAAAGCAUUAAAAGUUACCACUACAAGAGCUCUUGAUGUCUACUUCAAUAGCAUGACAGGCUUCAGAAGCAUCGAUCAACACACGAAACUGCUGGUUUUAGGAUUUCCUAUCUAUCUGGCAAGUCUUCGCUUCUCGAAGUCCUUGUUUGCACAUCUUCGAUUUCUUUAUCCCUUUCUACUUGUCAAACAUCAACUUACUAAUGGUCUUCUAGCAAAAGUUUCAUCGUACACCGAACUAUUAGUGCUUUUUUAUCCCCUUCUGUUUGACACCCUUUCGAAUUCCAUUGUAAACCGCUGGUUAGCAAAGUCGCAGCCUUACUUCCUUGAGCCUAAAUGGAAUGCCGCGGUACAUGAUUACUCCUUUGAGUAUGCGGACGAGGCGGAUCAAGCUGAUUUAGUUAUAAAGUCCACAUGGUGUGAUAUUUUUAUUGAGAAUCUUAUCUGGCCUUGGCUAGGAAAGCAGAUUUCAUCCAAAAUCCUCUCUAGAAUAGGUUGGAUUGCAAACUGCCUCACAAGCAUAUGUCCUGAGGCCACCCCAGAUGAAUGUGAAUAUGCAAUGAAUGUUUUUGGGUGUGUUGCUGUUGUUUUAGGAAAGGAUUUGAUUAGACUGUAUUUAACAUUUCGACGUCUUAAGGAACUUGAGGCUUUUCAAGACUUCAUAAGCGAUACAUAG